AGCCACGCUGUAAACCUAUGCACACAAAAAAGAAGAAAAAAAUACCACCCUUGCUCUUAAGCUUCGCGUCAGCCACCCUCCGCUAUUCGUUCUAUCUCCUUCUCCACUGGGCCAACUCCGCUCUACUCUCCAAUCCCAGGCGAAUCCCUCGUCUUCUUCGACCGCGUGUCGGAGCUUCAUCUUCUCUGGUCCGCCUGCCCUGAUUUGCCGCUCCGCUCUCCCCCCCUUCCGCCGGAAAGGGGGGAAAUUGAUGGCGAGGCUAGUAAGUGGCUCUGGCAUCGAUGGUGGCAGUUCUGGUACUCGGCCUCGCCUGUGCAGAGGCGGAGCCACAGUGCACGCGGCGCCGCCCGCCCGCGCCGCCGCGGCCGCACAGCGUGACGAUCACCGAGUUCGGGGCCGUUGGUGACGGCGUCACCCUCAACACCGUGUCCUUCCAGAACGCCGUCUUCUACCUGCGCUCCUUCGCCGACAAGGGCGGCGCGCAGCUGUACAUUCCCAGGGGCCGGUGGCUCACCGGCAGUUUCAAUCUCACCAGCCACCUUACCCUCUUCCUGGAGAGUGGCGCUGUCAUCGUUGGCACGCAGGACGUUUCACAGUGGCCUGUUGUCGAACCUUUGCCAUCAUAUGGACGAGGAAUGGACCUUCCAGGUUCGAGGCAUCGAAGCUUAAUAAACGGGCAGAAUCUAGUUGAUGUUGUAAUUACGGGAAACAAUGGAACAAUCGAUGGCCAGGGUUCUACAUGGUGGAACUGGUUUCGUUCGAAUAAGUUGAACUAUAGUCGCCCUCAUCUUGUGGAGUUUGUGGACUCUGAGCAAAUCGUCAUUUCGAACAUAACAUUUUUAAAUUCCCCUGCUUGGAGUAUACAUCCAGUGUAUUGCAGCAAUGUAGUGGUCCAUAGUGUCACAAUUCAGACUUCAUUGGAUGCUCCACUUAAUCAUGGAAUCGUUCCAGAUUCAUGCUCAAAUAUGUGCAUCGAGGACAGCAGUAUCAGUGUUAGCCACGACGCCAUAUCACUAAAAAGCGGGUGGGACAAGCAAGGCAUUGCUUUCGGGAGGCCAACCUCAGACAUCCACAUAAGCAGACUGGAUCUGCAGUCCUCACUGGGCGCCGCUCUCGCGUUCGGGAGCGAGAUGUCGGGCGGGAUCUCGGACAUCCAUGCGGACCGCCUCCUCAUCCACUCUUCGUCCAGAGGCGUCUUCUUCAAGACCGCGCCGGGACGCGGAGGCUAUAUCAGAGACACCGUGAUCUCAGACGUCCAGAUGGAAGACGUCGACGUCGCCAUCGCAUUCACCGGUGACUGGCCAAGCCACCCAGAUGACCAGUUCGACCCGGCCGCGCUCCCGGUGGUCAGCCACAUCACCCUGAAGAACAUGACUGGAACAAGAAUCUCGGUCGCUGGCGUUUUGUCAGGAAUCGCCGGCGACCCGUUCACCGACAUCUGCCUCUCCAACAUCAACUUCUCACUGGCCGAUUCGGCCAGUCCCACCUCCCACUGGUCUUGCUCCAACGUCUCCGGAUACUCCGAGCUGGUCUUCCCCGAGCCUUGCCUGGAUCUGCAGACCCAAUCCUCAGACGCUUCCGUCUGCUCCACCCUCCCUAGCUUCCACGCCGCCGCCAUUGCAGCAGCGUAAAUGCACAGAGAGUACAAAGUGUCCAUCCUUUUUCCUGUUCCCGGUCCCCUGUACACUUCAGAGGAUCUCUCAAGCCGCCUUUUCCUCCCCCGACAAUUCUUUGAAGCUAUAGGCGCGCCCCUGUCGUUGAAGAAAAGAAUCGUUCACCGUUUUUCUCCGGCCGUCGGCUUCGAGGGCUCAGCUGCAUCGCCUUUCUUGCGGGAGGCAAGCCUGGCGGCGGACGGUCGACAUCGAGCUGUUAAUUUGCUUGUACAGUUAUGAUUUCUUCAUUCAAUCUGUAAGAAGGAAUUUUUGUGGUAGUAGAGGGUUGAGUCGAGUCCAGAGAGUUGCUUCAUACGAUUGUCGAUUUGGUGAAUAAAACACAUGAUGAAUUCAUGAUCCAGUGGCUCUGUAUA